GAGCACCAACAACGGCACCAGGUGACGCCUCCUCCUGCAGCUCAUAGACGAUCUUUGUUAGCAAAAUGGCGGCGCGCUUGUGAAUGUCAUGCCGCUUCAUAUCAUCCCCUGAAUCGCCUCGCGUUUAGGUGCGUUUAGUGGUACGUUAAGGUAUAAACGUACAUUACGUCUUAUUGAAUUGUGACGUCCUUCACUCAGACAGGUAAAGGUGGGGGGCGGGUCUUUAACUCGCGUGAUUUAGGCUCUCCCGGCGUUAGCAUUUUGGCUAACGUUAACUGUCAGAUUAGGUUGAGCAAUUUACGGACGGAAUCACGAUGGAACCUGAGCAGCAGCUGAGAAAUCUGCGGGAUUUCCUUCUGGUUUACAACCGCAUGACGGAGAUUUGCUUCCAGCGAUGCAGCAGCAACUUCAACUACAGAAACCUCACCAUGGACGAGGAGCGCUGUGCGGACAACUGCGCGGGGAAGCUGAUCCGCUCGAACCACCGCCUGAUGGGCACCUACGUGCAGCUGAUGCCCCGCAUGGUGCAGCGUCGGAUGGAGGAGAUGGAGAGCAAGGCCGCGGCGGCGGAGGCCGCGGCGGCAUCGCAAACCCCCGCCGCCUUCUCCCAAGGAGCCCCGCUGCUGGAACGACCUUUGACCUCAAUGGCCAACGACGACGCCGGACCGCAGCCGGCGGGUUUGAAUGUCCCCGUUGAACUCGACGCUGCCAAAUCCACGAGGGCGUCAGAAGUCCAAUUAUCAGCCGCCGUGCCGCCCUCAGCCGCGAUUGAAACGGCCCACGGACCGUCUAAUGCGGCAGGCGCGCCUCGGCCGCCAGUAGCCGUUGACCGAAUAGAGUCUGAGAGCUCGGCGCCUGUGUUCACGCCACGCAAACCCGAUGUGCCUGUGGCAACGGUAGCUGCACCUACAGAGUCCAAAUCAAGUGGGGGCCGGUCAGAAGUCCCACCGCCGCCGUCAGGCCAGUAAAGAGGGCCGGACUGCGUGUGUCUCCGGGAGGUUAAACUGUAGUGAUGUGGCCGGUGCUUCCUCUACAAAACAAACCAAAUGGGACAUUUUAUGUGUUGCUGAAAGUAAUUGCCGAUACAGAAAUAACAUUUCAAAUGAACUACUAUAAUAUUUGAACUCUCAAUGUCGUAUGACCUUUUAUAAAGCUUUUAGGUUUUUUCUCUUUUUGCAUUCGGGGAAGAUAGUUUACUAACAGACAUCUCAGAUGAUGUAUUUAGGGACAUCUCAUUUGAAGGAAAUAAAAUGAACCCCUAUUAUGACAAAACAGUCCAUCCCGUCCCUCUUGAUAAAUAAUGUAUAGUUAUUUCUGACAGUAUCGCAAUAAAAACAAUGCAGGCCUUA